AGCAUGCAGCAGUCACGUGUCGGAGAGGAGAAGAGAGUGUGUUUGGAAGAAUCCAGCCGAUGUUAAGCACGAUUGGUUCCAACCAUUUAAUGCAAAUCGUAAUGCCAUUCUCACAACAGAAAAAGUCUGUAGCUUUUGGCACUUAUCUGCUGUGUUUAUGACAGUUAAUAAAAAAACCUGCUACAUGGAAUAAGGCUACAAACAAAGAGUAAAGUUUUGAUGUGGCAAGUGAUUUGGUUUGGCAUGCUAUAGGUGCAGCUGCAAAGUGAAAAGCCUAGUGUCCCAUUACAAGAAGCUAAAGACAACAAAGAUCCAUCUCCAUCUGUUAUAUAUAUAUGUGUGUAUAUAAUAUGUGUGAUACAAUGUCCAAAAGAGUUUAAAGCUGUGUGGUGGUGGGGGUUGAGCUGAGUGCACAGUGAUUUGAGACUGAAAGUGCCAAAACAUGUUCAUGAGGAAGCAAAACCCACUUUGCUUUGUGGUUCUCUUGUUGUUCUCUUAGGCUCUUUUGGAGAAGUUCAGAGUGCUGGUUUGGUUGGUUAGUGCAUUAUUUGGUGUAUCUCUUUCUCAUGGCAGGUGGACAGAGACAGCAGAGGCUCAAUAAGUCAUGCAUUCUUCUCAUAGCCAUUGCAGGAAUAGAGAGGUUUGCAUUCAAGGGGGUGGCAUCUAAUCUGGUGACAUACCUAACUGAUGUUGUGAACUUGAGCAACUCAUCUGCAGCAAAAAUGGUUAACAGUUGGGUAGGCUUUACUUCCAUAAUGCCUUUGCUGGUGGCACCCAUUGCCGACGCAUAUUGGCACAAAUAUUCCACCAUAAUGGUCUCAUCUUUCCUGUAUUUUGUGGGACUUGUAGCAUUAACAACAACAGCAUUAGCAAGGUCAUGGCAUCACAGAAACAGAACAAUGUCUUCUUCAUUUCUCUCUCUGUCUCUCUACUUAAUUUCAUUAGGCCAAGGUGGAUAUAACCCAUCUCUGCAAGCCUUUGGAGCAGAUCAACUUGGCGAGGAGGAAGAAUUGCCUUGUAGCAAAGAUGAUAAAAGUUACAACAAAAAAACUCUAUUCUUCCAGUGGUGGUAUUUUGGUGUUUGCAGUGGAAGCCUUCUGGGUGUUACAGUCAUGUCCUACAUCCAGGACACUUUUGGAUGGGUGCUAGGAUUUGCCAUCCCUGCUAUUUCAAUGAUUAUGUCCAUUUUGAUUUUCUCUGGUGGAAGCCCUAUAUAUCUAUAUAAACAGCAUGAGGUCCUUGAAGCUAAGAAGCCCAUCAUGAACAUUUUUCAAACCAUAAAAGCUUCUGCAUUGAGAUGUUUCCAUUGUGAAAUUACCCUACCUAAUGACAAGUCUGAAGUUCUGGAGCUAGAGCUUCAAGAGAAACCCCUUUGUCCUGAAAACUUGGAAAGCCUGAAGGAUUUGAAUGAUGAUUCUAGAAGUGGCAUGUAUCUGCUAAAAAAUGUCAAGGUUAUGGUGAGGCUUUUGCCCAUAUGGACAAUGCUUCUAAUGUUUGCAGUGAUUUUCCAGCAGCCUGCCACAUUUUUCACAAAACAAGGCAUGACCAUGAAGAGGAACAUUGGUGCAGAUUUCAAGAUCCCACCAGCCACACUCCAAAGUGCUAUAACAUUGUCCAUAAUACUACUGAUGCCACUGUACGACAAAAUAUUCAUACCAAUCGCUCAGGUGAUUACUAGGCAGGACAAGGGUAUAAGUGUGAUGCAAAGGAUGGGAAUUGGAAUGGUUCUCUCAAUCAUAGCCAUGGUUAUUGCAGCUCUAGUUGAGACUAGAAGGCUUGAGAUUGGAAGGCAAAUGAGAAGUGCAGGAUUACAUUCAGAGACAGUGCCUCUAAGCAUUUUCUGGCUGCUACCACAGUACAUUCUUCUUGGCAUCUCAGACAUUUUCACUGUUGUUGGCAUGCAAGAGUUCUUCUAUGGGGAAGUUCCCAGGACAAUGAGAACAAUGGGAAUUGCCUUGUACACCAGUGUUUUUGGGGUUGGAAGCUUUGUGAGUGCACUGCUGAUCACACUAGUUGAAGUUUACACAAGUUCAAAGGGAAUACCAAGCUGGUUCUGUGAUGAUAUGGUUGAAGCACGUUUGGACAAUUACUAUUGGCUUCUAUCAUGGUUAAGUGCAGUGAGUCUGCUACUGUAUGCACUCUUGUGUAAAUAUUACCUCAAGAAGAGCGAUUCAGAUAGUGAAUAUUGAAGGGGUUUUUUUCCCUUCCAGGUUUUAUCUUCCUUCUUAGCAAUAGUUUGUUGAACUACUUGACCUUAUGUGUUGAAUAACAGUAAUUAUCAUCCCUGUGUGUUUCGUGUUA